CUCCAACACUCCAUACCUCAUUCGCAUUUAAACAAGACUUGAUUUGAGUUUUCCAGUUUUGACGUUUGCCACAAGAAGUACUAAAAGUGCAACUAAAAUCACAAAUCACUGAGAAAGAGAGCUCCCUAUUUAUAUCGAUAAUUUGUAGGGGGGAGAUAUUCUCUCUAAAAUCAUGUCUAUUUCAGCGACAUCAACAACCUUCAAUCCACUCUCCUCACUCUACACCCUUUCCCCAAUCACCACCAAUCUCCCCCAUUCUUCAGUAUCCACACCCCCUUUGCGCUAUAAUGGUGCUCGUCUUCUUGGUUUUGUUCCUCGUGCUGUUUCGUCACAAGACCAAGGUGUUUUCGAUUCUGAAUUACAUUCUGUACUUCAGUUGGCUACAGGCUCUGAAUUGUAUGAGGUGGAAAGAAUUCUUUUUGGCACCAGUUACUUUAGUCCAUUGUUGAAGUCCAUAGCAAAACCUUCCAAUGUCGAUUAUGUGAUGAUCGAGGAAGACCCGGAAGAGAGAGAGGAGUUUAUAAGCAUUUUGGAAGCUAGAUUCUUCUUCCUUGCAGCCGAUGCUCGAUCCUCACUGAGGGGUUGGCGGCCAACUUACAGGAAUGUUUUGCUUGGUGUGAGAAAAGAAUUAAAAAUACCCUGUUCAACAAAACUAUCAACCGAAGAUUUGGAAAUAGAGAUUUUCCUUCAUUUGUUGCAGGAGUACUCAAGCGAAGGUUCUGGAAGCUUGAAACGUGGGUCUGAUAGUCUGGAAGUUGGAUUAAGUCCGUGGAAGGUACAAGCAUUUGCUGCUUUAGGACGUGGGGCAGAAGAGUUCAUUACAAUGGUUCUAAAGGGUGGAGGGAUGUUCACAGUGGGAAGACUAUACAAUUUGAUAUCAAGUAAGUUAUCGGGGAAGGUGUUCUUAGAAGCAGCCAACUAUCAAAUAAAGAAGGAAGUUCUCAAGGAGGGUGGACGCCUGGCAGCUAUUAACUUGGAGUCAAGAGCAGCCUUACUUGCAGCAAAACAAGGGCUAAAGGGCGCUGCAUCUAGAUAUCUUGGCGUUCGGAGCAUAAUGGUGUUACUUGGUCCAAUGCUAUGGGGAACGUUUCUGGCGGACCUUGUUAUUCAAAUGCUUGGAACUGAUUAUGCAAGAAUCUUGCGUGCAAUUUAUGCAUUCGCACAGAUUAGAAUCUCACGAACAUACAGGCUACCGUCUGAUAGCAGCUGAGAAUACUAACUUUGUUUAAUGGUUGUUUUGUGUACAUACAUAUAUGUAGUUUGAGAUGCAGACGGCUUACACGCAAAAACAUGUAUCGACUAUUUAGCUUAUAAUUUGUCGUUAUCAAGAUCCAGAAUCUACUUUUUUU